GAUAAACUGUUUUUGGGAAUUUUUUUGUGUUACAUGGGAAACAAUUGUAUCAAAAACGCGCAUUAUUUAACUGUCUCACUUCGAAAUCCGUUUAACAUUGAAGUGCACAAGCAAACCAAUUUACAACAGAAAUAACUAAUAAUAAAAGAUCGCAUUUGUUGUGCAUGCAAGAAGUACAAUUUCGCUCGCCAUUUUGAGUCAAACGACAUAUUUUUCGGCCGCUAUAAUCAACUUAGGCAUGUACGUAAUAUGUCAUACACUGUCAUAGGGUAAAAUUGUUUCAGGGGUAAAGUGAAAGUACAAGUACAUAAAAUAUUUCUACUACAAUUGAGUAGUAAUUACAGAAUCGUGUUAAUACGUACCGCGCUAUUAAAUACAGGCAUCCAUAUAUACAUACAUAUGCACGAACAUUAAUAUGAAUAUACGGCUAUAACUCCAUUAAGACCCAUUUGUAUGUGAGGUAGUUGCAGUAGAAAUAAUAAUUUAAUAUAAAGUGUUACAUCAAUCGUUGUGUGCGCCUUAAAGUGAACAUUCUACAAUCUUGUCAUAACCCAAUUUGUACAUACAUUAAAGGGAAAAAAUGUCGACUGAACCGACGAAGGCUAAAGAAAUUAACUUUUUCUUUCGUGAUGAACAUGGUCAAAUAGCGAAAAUGGUUAAACCAGUGCAAGUUAAACAGGAUGCAGCGGGUGAAAUCAAGAAAUUCAUUAGUAGUGGUGGUGACAUCAGCUCUGUUGGACGCAUUGGGGCUUUUCAUCUGAGUACAUCGAACCAGGGACAAUUUAUACGCCUACAAGACAAUUAUAUUACUCAAAAAACCGAAGAUACUGUAUAUUCAAGUACGCCAUCAGCUAAAUGCGACAACGCUUUGCAUGAAACUAUAAAAGUGGAACGCUUCACACCUAACCCGAGCGUAAAAUUAAAAUCGAAACUCCAUGCCAUACAAAGCAUCCCCCAACACUCAUUGUCCUCAUCUACAUCGUCAGUUCAAAGGAAGCGCAAGCCAGACAAAGCUGGGAAGGGCUUGCGUCACUUCUCCAUGAAGGUAUGUGAAAAAGUUGAGGAGAAAGGCAAAACCACAUAUAAUGAGGUAGCAGAUGAUUUGGUGAAUGAAGAAUUAAAGAACCAUUCUUAUGAUACUAACUGUGAUCAAAAAAAUAUCCGACGUCGUGUUUACGACGCCCUUAACGUACUGAUGGCUAUCAAUGUGAUUUCCAAAGAUAAAAAGGAAAUACGCUGGAUUGGCUUGCCCGCAAACUCUACAGAGCAACUUCUGGCACUUGAGGAGGAGAAUCAGAAACGUCGGGAACGCAUAAAACAAAAACACGACAUGCUGCGUGAAAUGAUAAUGCAACAUGUGGCAUUUAAGGGACUGGUCGAGCGGAACAAGAAAGUAGAGAGCCAAGGAUUGGUACCAUCACCAAAUUCAUCCAUACAAUUACCGUUCAUAAUAGUUAAUACUCACAAAUCCACUAAAAUUAAUUGUAGCGUUACCAACGACAAAUCCGAAUAUAUUUUCAAAUUUAAUAAUACAUUUGAAAUGCAUGAUGACAUCGAGGUCUUAAAACGAAUGGGGUUGCUAUUAGGACUGGAAAAAGGCGAAUCCUCGUUGGAGAACAUUGAGAGAGUUAAGGCCUGGGUUCCACCAAAUCUGGCUAAAUAUGUAGACGCUUACGGAAAUGGCAAUAUCAGCCAUAUCUAUGACAUCGAUGAUGAAAACCACGUGUUCAAUUCGUACCCAGAGACGACUAACGAGUCCCUUAGUUUUGGACAACGUGGUCAGUAUACCACCGAUGGUGAUUUUAAAUUAGAGCUUGACGAUGAUGAGCAAGAUGAUAUUGAUUGAACCGGAAUGUCAGCUUCGAUGUGGAGGAUUCAUUUGGUUUUGCGUUUCUACGCACGUUGUUGGGCUUAUGUUGAAGUGGUUCAAACAAACUGCCCAUUUCUGCUAUUUUAUUUUAAGCAAAUAUGUGUAAUUGCACCAAUUAUAUAGAUUAAAAAACAAA